AUGUCGUCGUCCGAGAAGAUCCCUGUAAGAGAACGACGGCCUUCCGUGGGAGUCCCAAUCGUCGACAUCCAGGGCUCCGUCAGCCCCGCAGGUAUCUCGAGGCCUAAACACAAGCGCACGUUGACCGGUUUUGGUCCUGGUGAGAUCAAGCAUGUUGAAGCUUCCAUCCCUGAGCCCCAGCGCGAGGCCUGGCUCAAGAACCAAGCCAGCGCUUUCAAGGAUAAGGAAGGAUUCGAGCACGAGGUGGUCCGCCAUGUUGAGACGACGCUGGCGCGUAGCCUGUACAACUGCGAUGAAGUCGCCGCGUACUCGGCCACGGCUCUUGCGUUCCGCGAUCGCCUGAUCCUCGAGUGGAACCGGACCCAGCAACGCCAGACCUUUACCGACAGCAAACGCGUGUACUAUCUCAGUCUGGAGUUUCUGAUGGGCCGAGCCUUGGAUAAUGCAAUGCUCAACGUGAAGCAAAAGGACUUGGCGAGGGACGGUCUCGCCGACCUCGGAUUCCGUAUUGAGGAUGUAAUUCAACAAGAACACGAUGCCGCUCUGGGCAAUGGCGGUCUGGGACGUCUGGCAGCCUGCUUCCUCGACAGCUUAGCCAGCUUAAACUUCCCGGCCUGGGGUUACGGCUUACGGUACCGUUACGGUAUCUUCAAGCAGGAGAUCAUCGACGGGUACCAGGUCGAGGUGCCGGAUUACUGGCUUGACUUUAACCCUUGGGAGUUCCCCCGGCACGAUGUGACCGUGGAUAUUCAAUUUUAUGGCAGUGUCCAGAAGAAGACGGACGAGGCGGGCAAACCCGUCUUCCAUUGGGAUGCUGGCGAGACUGUCAAGGCCGUUGCCUAUGAUGUGCCCAUCCCUGGUUACGACACGCCGACCACCAACAACCUGAGGUUGUGGUCGAGCAAGGCGGCCAGUGGUGAAUUUGACUUCCAAAAAUUCAACAGCGGGGACUACGAGAGUUCCGUCGCGGACCAACAGCGCGCCGAGACCAUCAGUGCGGUGCUCUACCCCAACGACAACCUGGACCGCGGGAAAGAGCUGCGCUUGAAGCAGCAGUACUUCUGGGUUGCAGCCUCUCUGUACGACAUCGUCCGCCGCUUCAAGAAGACGAAACGUUCCUGGAAGGAAUUCCCCCAGCAGGUGGCUAUUCAGUUGAACGACACCCACCCUACCCUGGCUAUCGUCGAACUUCAACGCAUCCUGAUUGAUCUCGAGGGACUGGAGUGGAACGAGGCUUGGGACAUCGUUGUCAACACCUUUGGCUAUACUAACCACACUGUGCUCCCGGAGGCCCUUGAGAAGUGGUCUGUUCCGCUGAUUCAACACCUUCUCCCGCGCCACCUCCAGAUCAUUUACGACAUCAACCUCUACUUUCUGCAGAAGGUUGAGCGGGAGUUCCCUGACGAGCACGAGCUUUUACGUGAAGUCUCAAUCAUCGAAGAGUCUCAGCCCAAGAUGGUCCGUAUGGCGUACCUUGCCAUUGUCGGCUCCCACAAGGUGAAUGGCGUCGCAGAGCUGCACUCCGACCUCAUCAAGACCACCAUCUUCAAGGACUUUGUCCGCAUCUUUGGCCCGGACAAGUUCACCAACGUCACCAACGGCAUCACACCGCGCCGCUGGCUCCACCAGGCCAACCCACGCCUGUCAGAGCUCAUUGCCAGCAAGACGGGUGGCCACGAUUUUCUGAAGGACCUCAAGAAGCUCAACCAGCUCGAGCACUACGUUGAAGACAAGGAAUUCCGCAAGGAAUGGGCCGAGAUCAAGUACGCCAAUAAGGUACGCCUGGCCAAGCAUAUCAAGGCGAGCACCGGCGUGACCGUCAACCCGGCCUCGUUGUUCGAUGUCCAAGUCAAGCGCAUCCACGAGUACAAACGCCAACAGAUGAAUAUCUUUGGUGCCAUUCAUCGUUAUCUGACGCUCAAAGAUUUGUCCCCCGAGGAGCGCCAGAAGCAGCUCCCGCGCGUCUCCAUUUUCGGCGGCAAGGCCGCCCCUGGCUACUGGAUGGCUAAGCAAAUCAUUCACUUGAUCAACAGCGUUGGUUCGGUGGUUAACAACGAUAAGGACAUUGGUGACCUCCUGAAGGUGGUGUUCUUGGAGGAUUACAACGUCAGCAAGGCCGAAAUCAUCAUUCCAGCCUCUGACCUCAGCGAACACAUCUCUACCGCCGGUACUGAAGCCUCCGGUACUAGCAACAUGAAGUUCGUGCUUAACGGUGGUUUGAUUAUUGGAACCUGCGAUGGUGCCAACAUCGAAAUAACCCGUGAGAUUGGCGAGCCCAACAUCUUCCUGUUUGGCAACCUAGCCGAGGACGUGGAAGCCCUCCGGCAUGACCACCGCUAUGGCAAGAGCAAUCCUCUUGACCCCAAGCUCGUCCGCGUCUUCGAGGAAAUUGAAAAGGGAACUUUCGGCAACCCUCAAGACUUUGCCGGAAUGAUCUCGGCGGUGCGCGAGCACGGUGACUACUAUCUUGUUUCGGAUGACUUCUCGAGCUACAUCGAGGCGCAUGCUGAAGUCGACAAGGCUUACCGUGACCAAGAGGGAUGGAUUACCAAGUCCAUCACCAGCGUCGCCGGCAUGGGUUUCUUCAGCUCGGAUCGAUGCAUUCAUGAAUAUGCCGAAGAGAUCUGGAACGUCGAGCCGCUCAAGGCGGACCAGGCCGGUGAUGCCUAG